CGCCAUAAAACGCAAAGAAGAAGAACACCACCGAAGAAGUUGUUGGUGGAAGGCUUAAGUCGCGCCUCGCAACUUUUAGCUCUCGUUAAUUUGAUUAUUUUAAUAAUCCACCUUGAAGAAUUUCAGCCGUAACGUUAGCUAAACAGUUAAAUAGUAACUCGCCAACCGUAUUGUAUAUUCAGUGGGUAACCAACGCGUGAUUUUAUCGUCUACUCAGCGUAGUAGACCUGUUUAGCCAGCGUGCUAACUUCCCUAGCUAACUGUUAUUGUUAGCUAGCUUGGUGCUAACAUGUCUGGCGGAGGUUUCGUUCGCGGACCUGCGGGGAGUAACGAUUGUCGGAUAUACGUGGGGAAUCUCCCUCCUGAUAUCCGCUCAAAGGACGUCGAGGACUUGUUCUACAAAUACGGAGCCAUCCGUGAUAUCGAUCUGAAAAACCGGAGAGGAGGACCGCCGUUCGCCUUCGUGCAGUUCGAGGACCCGAGGGAUUCUGAGGAUGCUGUCUACGCACGUGAUGGUUAUGACUAUGAUGGCUAUCGCCUGCGUGUUGAGUUUCCCAGAAGUGGUCGAGGAGGUGGUGGUGGAGGUGGUGGCGGCGGUGGCGGUGGACCAAUGGGAUCGCAGAGGGGAAGACAUGGCCCCCCCUCCCGACGCUCAGAGUACAGGGUUCUUGUGUCAGGUCUCCCUUCCAGUGGAAGCUGGCAGGACCUGAAGGAUCACAUGCGAGAGGCAGGUGAUGUAUGUUAUGCUGAUGUGUACCAUGAUGGCACUGGGGUAGUGGAGUUUGUACGCAAAGAAGACAUGAGCUACGCUGUCCGUCAUUUGGAUAACACCAAGUUUCGCUCUCAUGAGGGAGAGACGGCCUACAUUCAUGUGAAGGUGGAUGGUCCUCGCAGCCCCAGCUAUGGCCGCUCUCGUUCUCGCUCCCGCAGCCGUAGUCGCAGCCGUAGCCGCAGCCGAAGCAAGAGCGGAUCACGUCGCAGCAGAGGGUCUCCACGUUACUCUCCUCGCCGUUCCCGCUCCCGCACCUAGAUCCACCCCACCUAUAGAAAUGGUGUGCGUCUUGAGCUGGAGAGAAACCUUUACAUCACACAACAAAUCCCGUAUACUCACCACGGAUCAUCUCAUGUUUCCUGUUUACACUGUCUUCUUGUGUGUUCCCUAUACCCCCACUUUCUCUUACAGUUCAAAUUUUUUUUUUUUUUUUAGUUAUCAGUUUUCUACCCUGACCUGUUUCCCUCAUUGUUCUUCCUUUUCAUCAAUAGUUUCCUGCUAACCAUCUCUCCCCGCUCUCUUUACUUCUCUUCUACUUGUCUUUGUACGCUUUGUUUUGUUUCGUUUGGAAAUAUUUUUACUUCUUUUAAGCAUUUACUACUGUCCUUUGACCCUCUUGUGUGUCUCUCUGUAGAGUUCAGAGGAACAGGAUAGGAUGGGAACAGAGGAAACAGUUCAAAAUAAGAUAAACAGGAGGAGGAGUCAAAUAUGGCACCAAUGGUAUGAUGGCUGUGCCUUGUCAAAAGUGAAAUCUGCAUUAUAAGGCUGUCCAGUUUUUUUGUUUUAGAAACUUGAUAAUAGAGUGCUGUUGAAUGUUUUCAGUUGUUACAAGUUCUGUCUACCACUUUGUAUUUGGAGACCCAAAGCUUGUUUUUUUCCUCUUUUUUUUUGCUAUUGCUUGUCUUUUACUCUCCAAAGUAAAUAUUAGUUUUGUGGGACUGAUUAUAUAGAGGGUGUGCGAUGUUUUUCUGAAAGUAAACUCCCUGGUAGAUGCAUUCAUUGAUAUGUUUUUUCAGUUUUUCUGAAGGUGUGAUUCUAACUUGCCUCCUUCUCUCUGGUUCUGCUGGUAUUAAGGUUUGGCCUGGGCUCAUUGUCCCCCCAUUCCGGAGCCGGAUCAGGAUUCAGGAUCAGAUCAGGAUUAGGAUUAGGCUUCAGGAUGGAAACAUGGAUCAGGAGCAUGGGAGCAUUUUACCAGGAGAGGAUCCUGACCCCCGGCCCUGUCCAAAUAACCCCAUCAAACCAGAAAUAGUGAAAUUUUCAAACUAAAUUGGCCUUCAUAUUAUCCAAAGUAUUUUUUUCUUUUCAUUUUGUGUGGGACCUCAGAGAGACCUUUACUGGUGGCGCAGAGAUGAGCCUUUACCUUUUUUCAGAUUUUUGUUUUUUCAAAAUUAUUUAAAAAAAAAAGAAGAGCAGAGCUCAGCUCAAAACCAGGAGGAGGGCUGGGAGGUGCAGGAUGGAUCCACACGCUUAAGGAGAGUGGUAAAUAGUGGGCACCCGUUAACAGCGGAGGAGGGAGGGAGUAGGGAGGACUGGGACGCGACAAGGGAAUGUGACCUUAAUGUGGUUUGUAUCUUUUUCUUAGGUCAGUCUUUUGCUGCAGAAGAUGAUUUCUGAUUUUCUUAAGUAUACUCUCCAGUAUCCCAAAGCUUUAUUCUCUUUUAAUAAAACUUUCAAUAACAUA